AUGCUGUUUUCCAGAGAUUUUGGCACUGAUCCGCGACGCAAAGUCUAUGGUCAUCACCGCAGGGAUCACAAACGUGGGGAAGUAGACGCCGAGGAGGUUGAGUGUCUCUGCGACGGUGAGUCCGUGGGCCGCGCUCUCAAAGUACACGUAGACCAGACAGCACAGCGUGGUGAACGACGCGUUGAAGCCAGGCAGCUGGAAAAUGAGCUCAAACACAACAAAAAACUGGAGCCAGAGCGGCGGCUCGGCACACAGGAAGUCUUUGUUUCGGGCUACAUGGAAGUCGCUCAACUGCCUCUGGAUAUCCAACUGCCAGGCACGCGGCACUGCCAGAGUGGCAUCCAUCAGCACGGUGAUAGGGAUGUGGAGUAG